AUGCACCUGCCACAAACCAUGUCCGCCAUUGCAAUCAGCGAACCGGGCGGCCCGAAAGUGCUCAAACCGGUUACCAUGCCGGUUCCUCCGGUUGCUGAAGACGAAAUUCUGAUCCGGGUCGUAGCGGCGGGCGUCAACAGGCCGGAUGUAUUGCAGCGGCAGGGAGCCUAUCCGCCGCCCCAAGGCCAUUCUCUCCUGCCGGGGCUGGAAGUUUCAGGCGAAGUGGUUGCACUUGGCAGCAGGAGCAGGCGCUGGAAGCUUGGUGACAACGUAUGCGCGCUGGUCAAUGGCGGCGGCUACGCCGAAUAUGUUGCGGUAGCGGCCGGCCAGGCGCUUCCGGUUCCCGGCAGUUUGACGUUGACAGAAGCUGCCGCCCUGCCGGAAACCUUCUUCACCGUUUGGCACAACGUGUUCCAGCGAGGCUGUUUGCAGCCGGGCGAGACGCUGUUGGUGCACGGUGGAACAUCCGGCAUCGGUACAACGGCCAUCCAGCUUGCACAACACUUUGGGGCCUAUGUCAUAGUCACGGCGGGCACAGACGAAAAAUGCGAAGCCUGCCUGAAGUUUGGUGCCGACAGGGCGAUCAAUCACCGGACACAGGAUUUUGUUGCCGAGGUCAAGCAAAUGACAUCCGGCAAAGGGGCUGAUGUCAUCCUGGACAUGGUUGGAGGUUCCUACAUAUCCCGCAACUAUGAUGCUGCGGCCGUGGACGGCCGG